ACCCCGCGUGAUAGUUUGAUAUACCUGGAGUUGAGACGGGUUGGAAACCACCUGGAGCCAACCAAUCAGAGGACCUGGAGUAAUCAGCUGACAAAAUAUGAAAACAAGGCGGUUAUUUUUCAAUUCUCACUUGUAAACAUCAUUGUGCGGACGUGAGACUAUUCGCUCCUUCAAAUUUUAAUAUAGUGAUAUUAAAUAUCUGCUUGAAAUGGAAAAACCAAGUUUUGAAACUAGUUUGAGAAAGUUAAGAUGGAAAUCAACUCUUCAAUUAGCGGAAUCAUUGCUAAAACUCAAACCUGAGCAGAGUGAGCACUCCUCCGUCCCAGCCAUACAAGGACAAUCCGUAGAAGGUUUGCUCCGGGAGCUAAGCAAACUAGUUCCAGAAUCUUCCGAGAACCCUGAUCCUGUCAGCUCAUGUCUUGUUGCUCUCCGGCGGAUUGAUGAGGAUCUUCUCAACCUACUCCGGGAGUCAACCGAAUCCGUCCUGGAUAAUCUCGAAUCCAUGAGUAGAGAUGAAAACAGUAACAGUCUGGAGCUCAUAAAGUCUGUUGGAAAGAAAAUCAGAAAUUUUCUGAAAGUUACGGGGGAAAGAUAUUUGGAUUGUCCGGUGUCCAGUCAGAGAGAAGAAGUAAAUAUUAGAGUUCAACUGAUAAAAAUAUUCCUCCCAUACCUAUUCUACUGUAUAGACGGAGAAUCAGAGGAGACUAAAACCUUUAUUCUCAGAAACCUGGAAACCUUCAUCUCAGAGAUUCUCGUGAUAUUUGAGAAGAACUGCGUGACGAAGUCCAAGGUUGGGUUCCUCUUGAACCUGAUGGACCAGGUGUUGGAGGACGAGACAACCUCGGAUGCGGAGUUGUGCAACCUCGUCACUGAGAUUCUCCGAUACGGCCUCCAAGUCUCGAAGAUCUGUUGUGCUGAGGACGAGGAUGAGAUUUCUCUAGUGUCACGUGGACUAGCGGACAGGUUAGAGAACCUGAAAACCUGCCAACCUGAGGAAGGCUCAUAUCUUGGAACCAGUGCAGAUGGUGUGAGGGACCUGGUUCAGGUUCUAGAGGAGAAGAUGAAUACAGGACUGCUCCGGGUAUACUGUAGAACACUGGGUAGUGUUGAGAACCCAUUGGAGACCCUAGUCCUGGAAGCUCUAAACUCAACCAAGGAGGUAGAGCUGAGAAGUGAACAGGAUCUACAGUCUUUAGUUGAUAGGUGAGAGAAAGCUUACUGAC